AUGUCUGAUUCACAGUCGUCUGCGCCCCGCCGUCCUCUUGUAAGUGAACGCGAUGGGCCGAGUGACGUGGACAGUUGCCCAUGGCCAGAAUGCAAUGCUCAAAUCAAUGUGAAGGAAGAGCCCAUGUGCCCUGAGCACCUUCGACUUUUGAAAGGAAAUAGCCGCCCUCGAGCGCCUGCCGCGCCCACGUCACUUCCCAGCGUGACCGCCAAUUUGGCUCCGUCGUCAAAGCCAAACCCGAAAAAGACGCUGGAACGACCAGCUACGCUUAUGCGUAAAACAGCCUCCUCCGGCUUUCCCCACUCCGACUCCAAGCACGGCACACCACCAUUCCCCCCGCCAAAGACCAAAGGGAGCUCGUCCUCUCUACCUCCAGAGCAGAGGCCAGUGAUCAACGCGAUGGCUUCGACGACAGUGGCCUCUGCUCGGUCCCAACUUCCACCGGCGCCAGCCCGCGCCUAUACCGCGCCCAUAAGCCCUACUUUGUUGAAAGAUAUGGAGCCUCCAAAAAAGCGACAAAAGAUUUCCCCAAUCCUGUCGCAGUCAAAUGAGUCUAGGCUCAACGGGGCAGGUGCGUCUGCAGACUCGCUCUCUGCUCCGGAUUCCCCAGAAAAGCGGCCAGAAAAGGAGCGGAGGACGGGUCUGAAGCACAGUAAGCCGAGUGCGAAAGAACCUGUCCGAAAAAUGGCGCCUAUGAGGGCCCUUAAGUUCGCCGACGAGCCAGAUAAUGACCUUGCACGCCCAUCUGUCAGUGGGACUACGGCAACGUCACCAAUCAAUGGCUCAGCGGAGGUUCUUUCCCAGCGGAAUCCUCCCUCUAGAUCGGUCUCCUUGAAUUUGGAUCAAGGGGGUCACAUUGACCGAAGGGAGAUUGACUCUAUUCUCCCCCCUCAUCCUAGCAAACCCACUUUGACAUCUCGUCACGAGUCGCUGGAGAUAUUUGCCACUACGUCCAGUGUCGGGCCCAGUUCUCAUCAACCGAGGACGGACUACUUUUCCCUGGAGAAGAGGCCCUCAACAAGUAAGCGUGACGAUUCUUCAGAGUCCCCUCCAAUACCUCCUACAGAGACAAACCACUCUACAGGAAACAGCGUAAGCACUCCACCGAGGGUGAAAAAAACCAAGAAACUCGUCAUCACUACCAAGGCGCGACCGCCAGCCAAGGCGACUCGUCCGGUCACCCCAACAGAUCUAGACUACUUCAUAUACUCUCAGCCAGGGGCAUCCACCCCACCUCCAGGCUUGGAGAUUCCAGGCCUCAACAAACCCCCUCCGACCUCGCCGUCUGCUGUCUCAUCGACAGUCUCGCAGCAGCCACCAAAGGCAAAACCAGUAGAAGAUGAGCCUCUCGCUCUGGACAUCGAUCCCAGAAUACACUACCCGCGAGCUCAUUCUCUAGCAUGGCACGCGAUGAAGGCCCAGGAGAUCGAAGCUCGGGGGACGAGAAAGCAGCGGUUUGGCAAGGCGGCACAAAGUCUGAAAAAGCAGAUGGAAGCGCAGGCUGAGUUGAAUAUACCUUGGGAGGAGACCUUACCUGAUAUUAUUCAGGAAAACCCGGCUUGGGUGGGGGCGUUGAAGAGCCUGAGGGGCAUAAUGCCUACACCGGCAGUGGAAGCUGAGGGUGGAGGAGACCCGAUGGAUCUCUGCACGAAUGAGGCGAUUGCAAAAUUUGCGAAUGGGAGUGGGACGAGUGGUCCUGUGGUCAAUGGAGUGGAGAGAAAGAUACGAAAGAUGAAGAGGACGGGGAGCGGGCUGAGCGUUGUGAAUCGAGAUGGGGUUUUGAGUUUUGGGGACCGGAACGGCAAGGGAGCGGAAGUGUAA